GUUCCGUGGAACAAAGUAGCAGAAACCCUAUCCCUUAAGUUCAGAGCAGCAACGGGCCGACCGUUGACAGACGAAAAUCUUUGUUUUCUUGCACAGAAGGCUUUCAGGGGAAAUUUUACAGAUAAUAAUCAACUUCUAAGUUGGGCACAGUUUUGUAAAGAACCACUGAAUGAACGAAAUUUUACCUUUUGGGAAUGGUUUUAUGCAGUUAUGAAGUUGACUAGGGAACACCUUAGGGGACCUUGGAUGGAUAAUGCCAUACUGGGAUUUAUUCGCAAAAAGCAAGCAGAAGAAAUGCUUCAAAAUUGUCCAAAUGGAACUUUCUUGUUAAGGUUUUCUGACAGCGAAUUAGGUGGAAUUACAAUAGCUUGGGUUUCAGAAAAUCAAGAAGUGUUUAUGCUCCAACCAUUCACAUCCAAAGACUUUGGAAUUCGAUCUCUUGCCGAUCGUAUUUCCGAUUUAAAUCAUCUUGUUAAUCUUUAUCCAGAUAUUCCAAAGGAUAUUGCUUUCAACAAGUAUUAUACACCUUUCCAAGAUAGUCAACCAACUACAAGCAACGGUUAUGUGAGGCCACUGUUAGUAACACAAAUACCGGGUUGGAACGGUCCGGCGUCCGUAAGUUACCCGAACACACCCCAACAUUCGUUCUUACAGUCACCCGAUCCAGGCAGAGAUACUCCAUCCGUUGCCAGCAGGUAUGGAAAUUACGGCGCUAACGUCUGCUAAUAUGAACUUUCCACGUGCUCCGUUUUGUUUUUAAA